UUUUUAUGUGUUUGGCUUUCAGCACUUAUUCAGCUCAAAAGACUGAUAGCUGAAUUAAGUGCUGAAUACCAAAGCGCCUGGAAAGUUUGUAUUUAUUUAUACUUAUAUGUACUUGUAUAUAAGAAAUAUUUGUGGAAGGUUGGUUUGUUAUGAAAACCAUUUCGUUUUGUCAAUAAUAUAGCAGAGCCAGGUCAGGAGCAACAACUAUGCUCAAUCGUUGCAUCGGCAUUUCCCUUUAACGAAGCAUAUCGACUUGUUGUCCUACCCUAACUCAUUCAACGGUAUAUUAUGCGAAUGAAGUGGAAAAAUUUGUCCUACUUGCCACAGUUAACAUUACUUUUGCGAGUUUUUUUUUUUUGCAUAAAAUUUCCAUGGAAACCGGAAAAUUUGUUUAUUUUACAACAAAAGUAGGGUUUCGCUUUGUUGUACCGGAGUGUAAAGGAAUUUUUGUGAAAUAUCAAACUACGCAAAAUGGCUUCAGGUGUGAAGGUUGCAGCUGGAGGUGGCGGUGGUGUCGCCACUGGUAAUGGCAAUAGCAACAGCAACGGCGCUGCACAACGCACACCAACCGGUGAGCCAUCUAACGGCGUACGCCCACCACAGACGGUUAAAGACAAGUCGGCGGGCAAGGAGAAGUCAGCACUGCACACCAGCAAAUGUAUACUGAGGACCAUUACCGCAUUUUUGGCGAGCAACAAACGCAACUCCUACAAUGCACAAAUGCGCGCCAAACAGACGAAUAGACAACGUCGCCAGCGCAAGAUGGACGAGUUGAGCGGCAAAAUUAAUCCGAAGUUGCUAGAGAAUUUACGUAAAAAGACAAAGUUCAGCAAAGAUGAAAUCGAUGCUUUGUGUCGAAUUUAUCGCAAACUCGUAUCAAAUUGUCAAUAUGCAGCAAAAACGUUAGCAACCGGCAGCUCCAGUGCGGCAAUAGUGAAACCGCAUGCAACAGCGGAGGGUAUUGAUCGCAUUGUGUUCCGCGAGCUGCUGCACAGCACAUUCGAUAUUGUAACCGAAGAAAUUCUCAUGGAACGCAUCUUUUGUUGUUGGGAUCGCGCCCACGAGGGUCUGCCAUUGCGUUUGGAGGGUUGGUUGACCGGCUUGUCGAUAUUCCUACGUGGAUCAUUAGGGGAGCGCGCAAACUUUUGCUUUCGCGUCUACGAUUUGAAUAGCGACGGGUUCAUCACGAAGGAUGAGAUGUUUACACUGUUACGCAACUGCCUUAUCAAACAACCACAAGACGAGGAUCCCGAUGAGGGUGUUAAAGAUUUGGUGGAAAUUGUGCUGAAAAAAUUCGAUUUAGACAAGGAUGGCAAGGUUUCAAUAGAGGAUUUUAUGGGCACUAUUGGGGCCGAACCGUUGCUGUUGCAAGCCUUUGGACAAUGCUUACCAUCUGAGACGGCCACUGUAUCAUUCUUUUCAACAUUACAAAUAUAAGUUUACAGUUAUACUAUUCAAAUAUUUUGAAACAAUUGAAAAUGUAAGACGAAAUGUGCAAGAAGCAAUUUUCUAUUCUCUAUAGACUAUUACUAUAGAAGAUAAAAAAUGGUAGAGCAUUAAAAGACAUUUCAUUCAAAA